UUAAAUCGUUGGUCGUAAUAUCCUAAAAUAAGAAAUGUUUAUUUUAUGUAUCGAGCGUUUACAAUCUGCACAUUAAAACGCAGAGUCAUACGCCGAUAAAUAUAUAAAAAGUUUUUGAAACUUUAACCGCGAAAAUUUUGUUUUGUUUACAAAUAUUGAGCAUAACUGAUUUCUGAAUCAAAUUUUGUGAUAUUUGAGUUUUGAUUUUUGUUAACCCGGCACAAGCUAAGAAACCGUUCCGGAAAACAAACCUCAUUCCUUCCUUCCUUCUGAAUGAAAUAAAUUUUAUUUUAAAGAAUCGCUGGCAAAACAUCCAUUAUUACAUAACGUAAGCCAGUAAAAAGACUUCAAAAAAUCUUAUGGCCUAUUCGUAUAUUUGAACAAACAUAUUAUUGAAUCAAGUUCCAUAAAAUAUAAAACUAUUUGAAAAACGUGCUAAAUAGGGAAUUUUUAAAUGUUGUUUAAAGAAAAAUGUUGAGAAAUUCUCUUUUGUCAGCAUACGCAAAAUGUUCGAGCUUAACAUGUGUGCAGAGUAAAUUAAUCUUCGAAAAUCCAUACGAGAAAUUAAAACAAUAUCUUGAAGUUCCGUUAUUGGAUGACCAAUUCUUUUCACCAGACAUUGAAUCAUUGGUUGCAGCUCAUGAACUUUUUGUGCCAAAUCCAUUACACCGCAUAGGUUUCAUUACUUCUGGAAUCGGACCAGAAAAAUUUCCUAAUCAUGAUCUACCAGAGGUGGUGUUUAUGGGCAAAAGUAACGCUGGCAAAUCGUCACUGUUGAAAGCUAUUUUUCAAAAUGUCCCAAGUCUGCGUAUUGAAACCUCAAAACGACCAGGAUCCACUAAAACUGCUAAGUUUUAUCAAGUUGGCUCAAAAUUAUGCCUUGUUGAUAUGCCUGGUUAUGGUUUCCGUCAACCAGAAUGGUUUGAAAGCCUUGUACAUGAAUAUUUUAAAAGAAAAAAUUGUAUUCGUACAUUCUUAUUAAUAGAUGGAAAAGUUGGCUUUGAAGACAUUGAUCAAAUUGCAUUGGAUGUGUUAGAAAAUUAUAAAGUGCCCCACGUGAUUGUUAUGACAAAAAUUGACAAAAUCUCUGAUGGCAUUCUUCUAAAGAAUGUCCUUCACCUAAAAAAUAUAAGGAAGUCAACAGUAUAUUGCUUUUCUCAACCGUUUGCUGUCAGUUCUCAUACAUAUGAAGGCUUAGGACAUCUUCUAGCUUUCAUUGGACACAUUACUGGAAAUGUGAAUAUUAAAUCAGCUGAUAUCAAGUCAAUUUCACAUUAGGAUAUCACUUGCAUAAUAAAUUAUUUAUAAAAAUUAUUUUAUUUAAUAAAUAGCAGUGUAAGUUCUAUUUUCAAAUGGUAUGUGUUACAGAAUAAAGACAAUAUUUUAUAUUA